UCUUCGGCGUCUUAUUGUUCUGCUCCUUCAAGAAGACCACUUAGCAACCACCUCCGGGAUUCUAGGUGGAGCUACCGUAAUGGACUUCAUGAGCGAUUGAUAAGUCUUCCACAAGCAAAACCACCACCAACUCCUUCCCUUCUUAAACCUUUCUAUCUAUGUGACACUCGCAUAUUGGCCACAUAUGGCUCUGUGUUGUGUAGCUUUCUAUCUUCUUCUCUCCAUCCUACUUGCAGAGACAACACUGUGUUAUCCUUCUCAGGUCUAUGUAGUUUACAUGGGCAGCAAAGGGAGUCGGAGUUCGGAUGAUAUUUUGAAGCAGAGUCACCAAAUGCUCACCGCCGUUCAUGGUGGAAGCAUGGAGGAAGCGCAAGCCUCCAAUGUUUACACCUAUAGCAAUGGAUUCAGAGGAUUUGCUGCUAGACUGAGUAAAGAGCAGGCUUCACAAAUGGCUGACAUGCCCGGGGUGGUAUCGGUGCUCCCAAACCUGAAGAGAAACUUGCAUACAACUCGCUCCUGGGAUUUCAUUGGCCUCGGAACCAACGAGGAGAUGGAGAUCCCAGGAUUUUCCACCAAGAACCAAGAGAAUGUCAUCAUCGGAUUCAUUGAUACAGGCAUAUGGCCGGAAUCGCUUAGUUUCAGUGAUGCUGGGAUGCCGGCAGUUCCUUCCAGAUGGAAAGGGCGAUGCCAAACCGGAGAAUCAUUUACACAGUCUUCCUGCAACAGGAAAGUAAUCGGAGCGAGGUACUAUCUAAAUGGAUACGAAGCAGAGGAGGGAAGCCAUGGAGACCAACUGAAGGCAGACAAGACCGUAAAGUUCAAGUCACCGAGGGACAGCUCGGGCCACGGCAGCCACACAGCCUCCAUAGCUGCCGGUCGGUACGUGAGCGACAUGAACUACAAUGGCUUGGGCGCCGGAGGAGCUCGCGGAGGCGCUCCGAUGUCGAGGAUUGCAGUCUACAAGACCUGUUGGGACUCGGGUUGCUACGAUGCAGAUUUACUAGCGGCAUUCGAUGAUGCGAUCAGAGAUGGAGUGGACAUAAUCUCUGUAUCCUUAGGCCCCAGUGCUCCUCAAGGAGAUUACUUCGACGACGCAAUCUCCAUAGGCUCAUUCCACGCUACCAGCCAUGGAAUUGUGGUGGUUUCUUCUGCUGGAAAUGUUGGAAGUCGAGGCUCUGCUACUAAUCUUGCGCCAUGGAUGCUCACCGUUGCCGCCAGCUCAACAGACAGAGAAUUCGCCUCAUCUAUUUUGCUAGGAAAUGGGAAGAAGUUUGUGGGCGAAAGCUUGAGUUCUUCCAACACGAACAGAUCAGCCAGGAUCAUCUCGGCCUCGGAAGUCAAUGGAGGAUACUUCACUCCUUACCAGUCAAGCUUCUGCUUGGACAGCUCCUUGAACAAAACCAAGGCCAGAGGAAAAAUCCUCAUCUGUCGCCACUCUGGUAGUGCGUCUGAAUCCAGGAUCGAAAAGAGUCUGGUUGUCAAGAAAGCCGGAGGCGUUGGGAUGAUCAUGAUCGACGAAACAGAGGAUGAUGUGGCCAUUCCAUUUGUGAUUCCUGCAGCUAGCGUGGGGAAGGAAGCUGGCAUUAAGAUCUCGUCGUAUGCUAACCACACCAGGAAACCAAGAGCGAUUAUUAUGCCCGCAAAGGCCGUAUUAGGAUCAAGGUUGGCCCCUCGAGUCGCAGCAUUCUCUUCCAAAGGUCCCAAUUCAUUGACAGCAGAGAUCUUGAAGCCUGAUAUCGCAGCUCCUGGAUUGAACAUCUUAGCAGCCUGGUCACCUGCAGUCAAUGAGAUGAAGUACAACAUUCUCUCUGGAACUUCCAUGUCUUGUCCCCAUGCAACUGGGCUGGUGGCCUUGAUCAAAGCUGUGUACCCAACAUGGACACCAUCGGCAAUCAAAUCUGCCAUAAUGACCACAGCAAGCGUGACGGAUAAGAAUGGUGGCGCAAUUACAGCAGACCCCAAAGGAAGGCCAGCAGAUCCUUUUGAUUACGGCGCAGGCUUCCCCGAUCCCUCAAGGUUGCUCGAUCCUGGUCUCGUCUAUGACGCACAACCCCCUGACUACAGAGCAUUCCUCUGCUCCGUGGGAUACGACGACAAGUCGCUGCAGCUCAUAACAGGGGACGGCAGCGUCUGCAGUGGACCUCGACCGGCAGCUUCCGACCUGAACUAUCCCUCGAUCACUGUUCCAGACCUCAAGGGCAGCUCGCACAUCACCCGGACCGUGACCAACGUGGGGAAACCCGGCGCUGUGUACCGAGUUCAGGUGUCCCCGCCCACUGGCAUCAAUGUGACUGUGGUUCCAAACAUUCUAACUUUCACAAGCUAUGGCCAGAAGUUGAACUUCACAGUGACGUUCAGAGCCACCUACCCGUCCAAGGAUUAUGUGUUCGGAUACAUUUCAUGGAGAACACACAAGAUUCGAGUGACCAGCCCUUUGGCUGUCAGAGCGUCGUCCUCUGACACUGGCUUGCUGUGAUAAGACCAUUCCAUUCAUCCGUAAACAAAAGAAGAAAUCGUUUGUGUUGA